UCUGAACACACAGCUAUUGCCCUGAUGUACAGUAGAUGUGGGAUGUAGAUGUCCAAAAAGAUUUUUGAAGCUGAGAAGUCAUAUGUCUGGAGUACAGGCUGUUGUUACUGAACCAGUGACCAGAGAGGACUUCUUGCAGUAUUACUGCAAUUUAACCCUGGAUCCAAACACUGCAAACAGAAGUCUCCAUAUGUCUGAGGGGAACAGGAAGGUGGAGAGGAGAGUUGGGCCCCCCCAGUUAUAUCCAGAUCAUCCAGAGAGAUUUGAGGAAGAAUGGCAGGUGCUGUGUAGAGAGGGUGUGUCUGGACGCUGCUACUGGGAAGUUGAGUGGAGUGGUGAGGAGUGGGUUAAUAUAGCUGUGGCAUAUAAAACCAUCAGCAGGAGAGGAGAGCAAGAUGACUGCUGGUUUGGAAACAAUAAUCAGUCUAGGCGAUUUAGUGCUAGCACUGUUGAGACCUUUGUCUCCCACAAUAAUAAACAAACUGACCUCCCUCUAGUGGCCAGCUCCAGAGUAGGAGUGUAUGUGGACCACAUGUACGGAGCCAAGGGCGGACUUCUGGGCCUUCUACAGCAUCUCUGA